GUUAAUGGAAUAAAAUAUUUCAAUCAAAUGUCCAAUUCAUAGAAGAGAAUUAAUAGUAACAGGAUGUAUUAAUCCUAAUUGUAAUCGUUCACCUUUGAUUUGUCAAAUGUGUCCAGAUGCUCAUUCUGAUCAUUAUUCAAAUAUAGUUCAAAUAUCUGAAUGGCUAUAAAAAGUUGCAAAGACUAUUUAAGAAGGUUCAAAAACCUUAAAAUAGAUAAGAGACAUCAAUUAAAUUGAUUCUGUUUUAAAAUGGUGUGAAGAUAAUGAAAUGCAUCUUAAAAAGGUAGACGAGCAUUGUAAAGCCUAAAAAGCCUUGAUUAAUGAAGAUUUUAAUUAUCUAAAAGACCUGUUUGUUGAAAAAUGCAAUUAAGCACAAGCAUAAUUAGAAUAAGAUAUAGAAGACUUCUAUAUAAAAUACAAAGAACAAUUUAAAAUUUGUAAAUUAAUUAUGGAUGACUCAUAUAUUUUAUAGAAGUAAUGUAAUCCUUAUAGUAAUGUGCAUAACCUUAUAUUAAAAUUAUAAUAAUCCAAUCCAAAAGAAGCUUAAGAAUUAAUUACUUAAAUCAGAAAAUUAAUUAACAAACCAUAUGAUCCAAUAGAAAAUAUUAAGUAAUGUGCAGAAUCUAUAACAGAAAUGACUUAUAAUCUUCCAGUAUUUGCAUUUUAAGAUGGUAUUGAUAAUUUUGUAAAUUAAUUGGCUGAUUAGAUACACAAUCAUUUUAAAACAAAAUUAAACAUCACAUUACCUCGAAAGAUAGUUUCACCAAUUAAAUAUUAACCAAAAAAUCUGCAUAAAUAAUAUUCCUUACCAACUGAAAAUUUAACAAACAAUUACAAUAGUAAUUAAAAUAUAUCAAAAUCCCCUCGUUUAAAUCAAAAAUUAACAUUUUCUCCCUAAAAUAGUAUUGCUUUGCAUUCUAAAACUAUAGUAGGGUAAUGUAGUGAUUUUACAUUGAAACCUUUAAAAAAAUAUUAAUUAGAUUUUUGUGUAUCAGCAAUUGAAGUUGUAACUCCAUAAAUAUUUGCAAUGACAUGUAGUAAUGAUCCACAUUUGAGAGUUUUUGAUACUAUAUAAAAGCGUAUUCAUACAUUGUCCACACAUACUACUCCAAUUAUACAAAUACAUAAAUCAAUAGAUUAGGUUGUUCCAUUAUAAUAACAUAAUAAUUCAAAAUCUUAAACUUAUUUAUUCACAUUAUCAAAUGAAUAAUUAGUAGUUUGGGCUUUUGAUUUUAGUAAUUCUUAAAUGAUUGUCCCACAUAUUUAUCAUAAAUAUCUAUUUAACAACUAAAUAACAUAGAGUUGUUAUUUAUAAGAUAAUUCUUGUAUUGCUAUUGGAGAUUAAGUUGGGACUGUUGAAAUUUAUAACUUUUAGUAAUCUAAAUUAUAAUAGAAUGGAAUUAAAGGAAAACAUUAGAAAUAGAUAUCUUCUAUAUUGUUAUUGAAAAAACAUGAUAAAUUUAUUUGUAGUUCUUAUGAUUAAACAUUAUCUAUUUGGAAAAUGUUAUACAAUUAAUAAUCAUUUGAAAAUACUUAUUGUGAAUCUAUUAUUUAAUGUGGAAAUAUGCUUGGAUAAAUUUAGAUAAUAAAUUAGUUUUAAUCAAAUCCAAAUUUACUUUUGGUUGGAAAUUUAGAAGGUAAUAUUAUAGAAUAAUAAAAGGAUCAUUAAAGAUUGUUAAUUUGAUGAAUUAAUGUGUCAUUUUAGAAUCAGAUAUAUAAAAAAAUACAAAUUCUAUUUGUGAUUUUAUUAUUGCAGAAGAUGCUAAUAAAGGUAAUUAAAAUUUAAUAUUAAUUAGAAACUAUAUCUGUAAUAACUUACUUAUAAUCAAGUAAAUCAUUAAGAUUUUGGAGAUUGUAGAAUAAUAAUGAUAUGGGAUGGGCUUAAAAUGAAUAAAAGAUAGAAGUUGCUUUAUCUUUAUCUGAGAAUAUGAUCAGAUCAAAAUUAUAAUUAGUUUAAAUGCCUUCUAGUACAUAAAAUACUGUAGUUUUAAUAGCUAAUGAAAUAAAUAAAGAAUUGUUAGUUUAUGAAAUUAUUAAUAAAUAGUGA